AUGUCAGAGUCUUCUAAAUCCAAAUCUUCAUUAAAUUUGAACCCUUCGCCCACAUUGCAAUGCAAAGAUCUUCAUGAAUAUCUGAAAAGUCGAUCGGCGCAAUUCUUGGAGACUCUGUACAACUAUCCUACAAUAUGUUUAGCGGUAUAUCGGGAACUACCCGAAUUGGCGCGUCACUUCGUUAUCAGGUUGUUGUUCGUGGAGCAGCCAGUGCCACAGGCUGUUGUCACCUCUUGGGUAUCUCAAACUUUUGCCAAAGAACAAGCUAAGGCCUGUGAGGCAUUGUCAGAGCUGUCAGUAUGGCAGGAGGCCCCGAUCCCUGGUGGUAUGCCUGGCUGGAUGCUCGCACAGUCGUUCAAGAAGAACUUAAAAGUGGCACUACUUGGAGGGGGGCGCCCUUGGAGCAUGUCGUCCUCAUUAGAGCCGGACGGCAAGGCUCGCGACGUGGCUUUCCUGGACGCGUACGCGCUGGAGCGCUGGGAGUGCGUCCUGCACUACAUGGUGGGCAGCGCUCAGACCGAGGGCAUCAGCGCCGAUGCUGUCCGCAUACUGCUACAUGCUGGACUUAUGACCAGAGAUGCCGAAGACGGGUCUGCAGUAAUAACACGUGCAGGGUUCCAGUUCCUACUUCUAAGUACUGCUAAACAGGUGUGGCUGUUCCUCCAGCACUACCUGCACACGGCGGAAAAGAGGAGUCUCAGCGCCGCGGAGUGCCUCGCUUUCCUUUACCAGCUCAGCUUCAGUACACUCGGCAAGGACUACAGCACCGAAGGCAUGAGCAACAAUAUGUUGGUGUUCCUGCAACACUUGAGAGAGUUCGGCCUUGUCUAUCAGAGGAAGCGUAAGGCAGGUCGGUUCUACCCGACGCGCUUGGCGCUGAACAUCGCUUCAGUGACGGAGGGGGGGGCCGCCCCACAGCAGCAAGGCUACAUCGUGGUGGAGACCAACUACCGCGUGUACGCUUACACACAGACCAACCUGCAGGUUGCGCUUCUCGGACUCUUCACCGAGCUCAUGUACAGGUUCCCCAACUUGGUGGUGGGGGUGCUGACCCGCGAGUCAGUUCGCCAGGCGCUACGCGGAGGCAUCACCGCGCAGCAGAUCAUACAUUACCUUGAACAACACUCACAUCCACAGAUGUUAAAGUCUGAGACUGGUGGCAUCCGAUCCACAUCGAUGCUGCCUCCCACGGUCGUGGACCAGAUCAAGCUGUGGGAGACCGAACGGAACAGGUUCACGUACACCGAAGGGGUUGUGUACAACCAGUUCUUGUCACAGGCGGACUUUGUAGUACUCCGCGACUACGCAAAGCAACAGGGCGUGCUGACGUGGCAGAACGAACGAUCCCGAACCAUGGUCGUCACCAGGCACGGCCACGAUGACGUCAAGAAAUUCUGGAAACGGUACUCCAAGAGCUCCUAG